CUCUGGACAAGACGCACGCCCUUCACUUCCAAGUUCCAUCUUCUCUCACCCUAGCCUACCAAUACGGCAAUACCAUCCCAAAUCUCACCCAUCGUCUUCCCAUCAUUUCCUAGCUAACCCUAGUUCUUCAUCCACAGAUCCACUAGAUUCGAAUCCAAUUGGAGAAUUUGUACCCAUUUGGGGCUUCAUUCCAGGGUUGUGAGGUCUUGAGGCCAUGAAGGUGGCGGUUGGAAGGCCGGGGACGGUGAGUGGCCUGCUGCUGAGGAUGGGUCAAUCCCUGUUUGCCGCCGCCUCCAUUGCCGUCAUGGUCUCCGCUUUUGGUUUCUCCAGCUACACGGCCUUCUGCUACUUGAUUGCUUCAAUGGGAUUGCAAGCGCUUUGGAGUUUUGGUCUGGCUUGUCUAGACUUCUAUGCUUUAUGGGUCAAGAGAGAUCUUCUCAGUGCUGUUUUAGUGAGCCUGUUUGUUGUGGGAGACUGGGUAACAGCAACUUUGUCGCUUGCAGCUGCAUGUUCUUCAGCUGGAGUUGCAGUUCUUUUUGUUAGAGAUGUGAACUUCUGCAGAACAUAUCCUCAACUUGAAUGCCAUAAGUAUGUAGUCUCAAUAGCGUUUGCUUUUAUAACGUGGCUAUUGAUCGCCAUUUCUUCUCUAGUCAUGUUCUGGCUUCUUGCCUCAGUUUGACAGCAGCACUCUGUCCUCCCUUUUUGUUUUUGUUCUUUUGUUUUUUUGUUUUUUUAUUUGUGAAGUUUGCCUCAGUUUCCACUCUAAAUCUAUCAGACACUCUAAAGAGCGAAUUAGCAUUGAGAGUAAUCCAAUGAAUUAUGUUUUCCUUCUA